AUGCCCUCAGAUCGACCCUUGCUUGCCUCUGAUAGAAGAGAGUCCUCGACUCAUUCUGAUGAACGAGCCGCCGAAGAAGAUACAGCUCUGCUUGGAAGCCAGCGCAAGGAUGCACCAAAACCUCAAAGUCGUGCUAGAUCCUGGCGAGAGCUGGGUCUGUUUACUUGGGCUGUAGUUGCAACAGCGGCCGUUAUCGUUCUUGCCGUUGUCUCUCAACACCAAGCUUCCAAGAAUGGCAAGAAAGCAAUACCCGCCGGAAAGCGUAACUUGAUUUUCAUGGUUUCGGAUGGCAUGGGACCUGCAAGUCUGUCCCUGACUCGAAGCUUUCGUCAAUUUGAAGGCGGCCUUCCACACGAUGAUGUUCUUUUCCUCGAUCAGCACUUUAUAGGCUCCUCCCGAACUAGAUCAAGCAGCAGUCUUGUUACCGACUCAGCUGCCGGAGCUACAGCCUUCUCAUGCGGAAUGAAAAGCUAUAAUGGAGCUAUAUCCAUCCUGCCCGACCAUACCCCCUGCGGGACCGUUCUUGAAGCCGCAAAAAGAGCAGGCUACACAACAGGCCUCGUUGUGACAACUUCACUUACGGAUGCUACACCAGCAUGCUUUGCAUCACAUGCCAAUGUUCGAUCAGAGGAAGACUUGAUUGCACAGCAGGAAGUGGGCGAACAUCCUCUCGGACGUGUUGUUGACCUUAUGAUGGGAGGAGGUCGUUGCCAUUUCCUGCCAAAUACGACUUCUGGAAGUUGUCGGGGAGAUGAUAGGGAUAUUACCAAACUGGCCCAAGAGAAAUAUGGCUGGAAUUAUAUCGAUAAUAGGGAAGAUUUCGACGGCUUGAAGCUUGGGAGUGCUGUGAAGCUCCCAUUACUAGGCCUAUUUGCUGGCUACAACAUUCCAUACGAGCUUGACCGACGAAACAUGAACGACAUAUAUCCUUCACUGGACGAAAUGGCACGAACCGCUCUCAAAGCUCUAGAAGCUGCCACUCGAGACAGUGACAAGGGUUUCUUUCUCAUGAUCGAAGGUAGUCGAAUCGAUCACGCUGGUCACGGCAAUGACCCUGCGGCUCAAGUCCGUGAAGUCUUAGCCUAUGAUAAAGCAUUUGGAAGUGUUCUUGAGUUCCUCGACGAGUCAUCCACGGAUGGAGUACUUGUAGCUACAAGCGAUCACGAGACUGGAGGAUUAGCGGUCGCACGGCAACUCCACCCGACAUACCCCCAUUAUGCCUGGUACCCGGAAGUACUCCACAACGCCUCAAGCUCAGCGGAACACUCAUCCCGACGCUUGAGAUCCCACAUAUUCAACGGUGGAGACAACCUCAAGGACUUCAUUAGCGAGGAACUUGUAAAAAAAGGCCUGGGGAUCUGGAAUGCUAAAGACUCCGAGAUUCAACUUGUCGUUGAUAACCCUGCCCUUAGUUCCUAUUACUUCUCAGACAUGAUCAGUCGGAGAGCGCGCAUCGGCUGGUCAACCCAUGGCCACACGGCUGUCGACGUAAACAUUUAUGGCUCCGCUGGCUCGGAAGCGCUACGCGGAAAUCAUGAGAAUGUUGAGGUUGGAAAGUUCCUUCGGGACUACCUUGAUGUUGACAUUGAGUCCGUCACAGAAGAGCUUGUUGAGAAGUCCAAGUCUUUCAAAAUCGCCGGCGCAGCCCAAACUAGCUGGACUGGAAAAAUUCCUAGUGGGGAAGAUUUGCAGUCUGCAGAGAGAAAACACGAGAAGGAAUACGGAAUGGCACCUUGA